CAUAACUUCGGAUAUAAUAACACUUUGAAGACUCGUUUGCUUUGCGUUCUCACAGAAAAUGGACACCAAAUCAGACGAAACACACAUUCACUGCAUUCGCCACAACUCUUGCGCGCAGUCGCCGACCAAUACGACCACUCAUUGGCCAACAAUGAUGUCAUUCUAUUCACUCAUUGGUCACUAAAGGCAAUCGAAGAUUUAAAUGAGGAAACAGACGUCGUUAGCGCCGGCAUUACAUUCCACGGCUUUUCUGUCAUUAAAGAUUCAAAUCCUAUUAAAAAUACACUCAAUGUUUGCGAAAAAUUAUUCUCGUCUCUGAUUUCUGGAGUGGUGGUCGAGGACAGGGCGCCCUCAGACUCUAUCACAUACACCACAACCUAUCAUAACAUACCGACAAUUGGUAUUACUAAUCGCGAGGCCAUACUAUCGGACAAAAGUAUUUACCCAACUUAUGGCCGAACUGUGGCCUCGUUAUCAAAUCAAGCGGACGUUUGGGUGGAAAUUCUGAACCACUUUAACUUCAAUUGUGUUGUAUUCAUACACAGCAACGAUAUUAACGGACGACGGGUUCAGAAGAGGUUCGAAGUGUUGGCCGAUGUGUCCAACAUUAAGGUGGAGACAGUCAUUGAAUACGAGCCCUCAUUCCCUGAUAUAUCAAAACAAUUGGAGGAAACAAAGACCAGCUCUACGUGUCGUGUGUUUAUUGUUUACACCGAUUCUGAAGACUCGGAGGCGAUAUUUCAACAGAUCAUUCAUCUGAAUAUGAUUGACGCCGAAUAUGUUUGGAUUGUCUCAGAACAGGCCCUUAUGGCCAAGAAUAGGCCCACAGGACUGUUAGCCGUGAAGUUGCAAAAUGUGGACAAUAUUGAAGGACACAUCAGAGACAGUGUGUUCGUUAUGGGAUCCGCUAUAAGACAGAUGUAUUCUCGAUAUAAUAUUACAAAACCUCCGUCUGAUUGCAGAGAUUUGGGUCAAAACCAAUGGGAGAGCGGUUUAAAACUUUUUGAAAUCAUUAAAAAACAAACACUUUACUCGGGAAGGACUGGUCACGUGGUCUUUGAUGAGAGGGGCGACAGAAUUAAUUCCGAUUAUGAGAUAAUUAACGUGAAUAACGAUAAAAUCAAUGAAAUCGUUGGUCUCUAUCAUUACUCCGACAGCGAAUCCAAAAUGAAGUUCACUUUAAAUGAAAGCAAAAUAGUUUGGUCUGAAAACAGUCCUAAUAAGCCGUUUGGUUACGAAGUGCCCAAUCAUUUCAGAGUCGUUACAAUUAAUGAAAGACCAUUUGUAUGGGUCAGCGAAGCCGAUGCCGACGGCUAUUGUCUUCCGCAACAGAUUCCGUGUCCUCUCUAUAACUCGACGACUGGAACCGAACAUAAGUUGUGUUGUGAAGGCUAUUGUAUGGAUUUACUCAAGACUUUGGCUCUUGGGCUCAAUUUUACGUAUUCUUUACAUCAGGUCGAAGACGGACUGUACGGCGGCUUCUCUUUUGUUAAUAAUUCCGGGCGUAAAGUGUGGACCGGUUUAGUUGGCGAACUCUAUUAUAACAGAGCAGAUAUGGUUAUCGCGCCGCUAACCAUAAACCCGGAGCGCUCGCUGGCCAUAGAGUUUACGAAACCGUUUAAAUAUCAGGGAAUAACAAUCCUUCAGAAGAAACAGUCAAUCCAUAGACUCCGUCAUCCGUUGGCCUCAUUUCUGCAGCCCUUUCAGAACGGCCUUUGGGUGUCUGUGUUUGUGUCGGUACACGUGGUGGCGCUCGCCCUCUAUCUUCUGGACAGAUUCAGUCCAUUCGGAAGAUAUAAACUUCCAAAUUGUGAUGUGACCGAAGAGGACGCUCUGAACCUGUCGAGUGCCAUAUGGUUCGCGUGGGGAGUGCUUCUCAAUAGCGGUAUAGGAGAGGGAACGCCCAGAAGUUUUGGCGGUCGGGUAUUGGGUAUGGUGUGGGCGGGCUUUGCUAUGAUUGUGGUCGCCUCCUAUACCGCUAAUUUGGCCGCUUUUCUAGUGUUAGACCGACCGGAAACAGCCCUCACAGGCAUUAAUGACCCGAGACUUAGGAAUCCCAAUCAAAACUUUAAUUACUCGACAGUUAAAGACAGUUGGGUUGACAUGUAUUUCCGACGACAAGUGGAACUGACGAAUAUGUAUACAAGAAUGAGAUCCAUGUAUCAGAACGCAGAGGACGCCAUCGCUGCCAUCAAAUCAAACGAGUUGAACGCUUUUAUAUGGGAUUCGGCGCGUCUGGACUUCGAAGCGGCCAAAGACUGUGAGUUGAGUACAUCCGGCGAACUGUUCGGUCGUUCGGGUUAUGCCAUUGGACUGACAAAAGGGAGCAGUUUUUGGACUAAGAAAGUGACGCUCGCUUUGUUGGGAAUGCAUGAAAUCGGUUAUAUGGAAGAGUUGGACAACAAAUGGAUUUUUCUGGACGAACAGAUCUGCGAAGAGAGGAGUGAGAACUUUCCGGCCACUCUUGGCCUCAAGAAUAUGGCCGGAGUUUUCAUAUUAGUAGGCGUCGGCAUAUUCGCCGGCAUCGGACUCAUUAUCUUUGAAAUUCUCUACAAAAGGCAUUCAACGUCUAAACAAAGGCGCAUAGAAUUGACCCGAAAUGCGGUCGACAAGUGGAAGGAAGUGAUUGAGACCCGAAAAACACUGAUUGAAUCGUUAAACCAGAGCGCAAAGCAGCGACUCUUCCACAAACAGGGAUCGCAUCACAAACACAGAUAUAAUCAAAGUGUGAAACACGACGAGACUUACUUCGAGACACCGUUAGACACAACGCCCUAUACUGUGGAGAAGGGCCUCAACGCUAUUAAAGGCGAUUUAAGUGACAAAUCACAAGAACUUCGACCGAGACUUAAGCGCGAGUAUUCAUUCGGCAGUGAAUCUGAACUCAAUGUCACGCAAAUUGAUCUACAAUUUCAUAAAACUAAUACAAAGUCUUCGUUCAAAACUUCCAAAUCUGGGACUUCUAUUCCGAGCACUAAUUAUUUGAGUUUAGUCUAAAUGCUUGCCAUAAGGUUUCAAACAAUUUAACAAAUUUCUAUAUCUUAAGCAAUAAUUAUUGAUAAAUGAAACCAUUUUUUAAUUUUACUCAUCAGAGAACAGAACAG